GCAUUCUGCUGCUCCAUCGUCGAACGAGUCAGCAGGCACGAUCUCCACCGGCGGCGUCCUGGUUGUCGCGCCGCGCCAUGUUCACGAUCUCCAAGUCUUCCUCGUCAUCCUUGCGCAAUGAUUUGUCGCCAAUGCUGUGGUUUGACACCCUUGUUUCCCCAGAGAGUGUUGUGGAUUCUAAACAGCACAUGCCGGACUACCAAUACACGGUCACAGGCCAAAAACGAAUUAAGAAGCGAGAGAGGAUACAGCUUGGUUGCCCCGUCGUCGUGAAUGGCAAGAAACUCGCAAUUUUUCGACAUGGCCCGCGGUAUUUUGCCAUCCAGCAAUUUUGCCCUCAUGCUGGUGGGAACCUCGCACUUGGCGACAUUGAAGAUAUUGACAACAUGCUCUGCAUCACGUGUCCGCGACAUAAAUGGCCAUUUGUGUUACUCUCUGGCGAUUGCUUGGUCGGUGAAGCAUGGAAAGCCGAGCAUUUCCCUGUGGAAGCGCGGCCGGCACAGCCAGGAUUGCCCGCGACCUUGUUCAUUGGGUUUCCCCAAUUGAACAAUUCCCUUUUUUACGAAGAAGACUUUUAACUGCACUUGGCUGCCAUCGAGCUGCUCCAAGCCUCACAUGCCCAACUUCUCUAUAACGGUAACACCUAAACAUAGCAACACAGCAAUAUUCGUCCACGUCAUGCCAAGUUGUUUCUGCAUGGGUCCGGUCAAGAGCAUAUUCGUGGCGACACCAGCACCGCCAGUCCUCCCUCCCUUAGGAGACCACGAAGUCCUCCACACGUCUCACGGCGUUGUUGCAAAAUCGACAGCGAUUUCGCCAGCAACAUACAUCCAUCUCCCUCGCUCAGCGGUCAAAUCGUCGUCACCCACGUCCCUGCUGGACCAACACCAUCAACAACAUCUAGUAGUCCGUCCAGGGCUGCAGAACACCACCGGCGCCGCCCAUGUCCUCUACGUGGCCCGAUGAUUCCCUGACGCUCUUGUAACUCCAUCGCUUCCAAACACUUGUUCAAUCACCC